CGGCAAAUGGCCAUCUUGUGAUUGACGGCGGCAUGAAUUCCGUCAUUCUUCGCAGUCAAUGCACCGCAUGGCUACAGCAAUCGACUGUUAAAUCUGCGCAUCAGCUGUUCUUGCGCCACGCUACUCCGCUACAGCGCAGAACUUUGAGCAGCGCCGCAGUCAAUCAUGCAGAGCGGCCGUUCCGCUUGGCCGUCAUCGGCUCCGGCCCUGGUGGCUUUUAUGCUGCGUAUCGGGUCUUGUCAAAGAUUGAGGGUUCCGUUGUAGACAUGUAUGAGCGUCUGCCUGUUCCAUAUGGGCUCGUCCGAUUUGGUGUCGCCCCUGAUCAUCCUGAAGUCAAGAACUGCGAAGAAAAAUUCGAAGAAGUCGCCUCCUCGCCCAGAUUCAACUUCAUCGGAAACGUCUCCGUCGGGACCGACCUCCCCUUGACCGCAUUGAAGCCGCACUACGACGCCAUUCUCUUCGCCUACGGCGCCUCGGAGGACAAAGAGCUGGGCAUCCCAGGCGAGACGGAUCUCAAGGGCAUAUACUCCGCGCGCGCAUUUGUCGGAUGGUACAAUGGACUGCCUGAAUAUGCGAAUCUGGCGCCGAACCUCGAAGCCGGCGAGGACGCGGUGGUGAUUGGCCAAGGAAACGUCGCGUUGGACGUGGCGCGCGUCUUACUCACGGAUGUUGAUGCGCUGCGCAAGACAGACAUGGCGUCUUAUGCGCUGGACGCGCUUUCAAAGAGUCGAGUCAAACGUGUUCGAGUCGUCGGUCGACGAGGGCCCAUGCAGGCGGCGUUCACCAUCAAAGAAGUCCGCGAACUCCUGACCCUUCCAUCCGUUACAUUCGAGCCCGUCGACCCGGCGCUGUUCCCUCCCGAAACCGCCAAGUUGCCUCGCGCACAGAAACGCAUUGUCCAACUCAUACAGAAACACUCCGCCUCCGCCCCGUCAUCCUCGGACCCCGCAUCGUCGUCGGGAUCCAAGAACUGGGGUUUCCGCUUCCUUCUCUCUCCUACAGCCUUUCACUCCUCUCCUUCCUCUCCUUCCUCUCCUUCCUUUUCCUCCUCCUCCUCCUCCUCGUCGGACAACGCCCAACUCUCCCACAUCUCCUUCACCAACAUGACCCUCACCUCCCCCUCCUCCGCUACCGACCCCUUCGACCCAUCCGCGCGCCCCUCCCCCACCGACCAAUCCACAACGCUCCCCGCAAGUCUCGCCUUCCGCUCCAUCGGGUACAAAUCCGUCCCGUUGCCCGGUCUGUCGGACUUACACAUCCCCUUUGACGUCGCGCGCGGGUUCUUCCCCAACGACUUACACGGCCGCGUCAUCGACCCGUCGCGCGGCCCCGCCGGCGCACUCACCGCCGCGCAUGUCCCCGGUAUAUAUUGCGCCGGGUGGGUGAAGCGUGGGCCGACGGGCGUGAUUGCGAGUACGAUGCAGGAUGCGUUUGCGAGUGCGGAUGUGAUUGCGCUGGAUUGGUACCAGAGGGCGCAAUUCUUGAACUCGGAGCUUCGUCCCUCCGAGGGGGGCGGUAGCGCUGAAGGGGGUCGUGGCUCAAGUGAAAAAAGUGGCGAAGGCGAGAUCAGACGCGGAUGGGACGCCCCUGCGUUGAAAGGAGAGGUUCAAAAAAGAGGACUGCGGCCCGUAAGCUGGGCGGAUUGGCAGCGGAUAGACAGGGCGGAGAAAGAAAAGGGCCAGCGGCAGGGCAAGAUCCGGGAUAAGUUUGGGAGUGUGCCGGACAUGUUGAGUGUUUUGGACUAACUUGGAAGAUUUGGACCAGCUUCCCCUCUCCUCUCCUCUCCCUUUUUGAUUCAAAUUCAAUUGUUCCCCUUUGCUGGAAGACAUUUUUCCCUUUACUGUCAAGACUAGUUUUUUUCUUGAUUGCACAUAUGAUCAUCGACUGGUUUUUUUUUUAACAACAUGUACUAGAUAGCGUCUCUAUUUUCUUUUUUUGGCAUCUCAGUCCCUCUCCACACCGACUCAUCUAUAGAUUAUUCUUAGACAUAUGUACAUAUACUUUGAUAUGUAUAAAUAUAUAUACAAUGGAAUAAAGGACAUAUACAGAGUAAACAUCCGCGG